AUGCGUUGGAUCAUCACAGCUUUAGCUGCCAUCAGUCUCUCCGAGGCUGUAUUCACUAGUCAAGAUGACUUUAAUCCUCUAUUUCCUAGCAUUGCGCACUCUCCAGAGUAUUGCGAUGGCUCUCUGGUUCCUCAUGAAAAGCCGUUUGGUCCCAAUGCCCCUGGGAAAGUAGAGCUACCUGAGCCGAACUUCGAAAUUGUGCCUCCCCCUGUGGAGCCGGUUGGGACAAUCCCUGAGAGGCCCCGGGAAGAUUCGACCAAGGUCGAGCAAGCCAGUCUUCAUACUCGUCAGUUCCUUCCCGACUUCCAGCUUUCGCCCGAAAACUUGGACUGGAUUUCAAAGGUAGCGCCGACUCUGGAGGUACUCGAGGGAGCAUUGUGGAAGGUCUUCUCUCCGGCGAUACCUGCUGUCUACUCUUCAGCGGUUUCCUCGAGUUCAGGACUUGGCCUAAGCGCAACUUCAAGCGUUCGUCUCUCGUCUAGCCAGAGCAGUAUUUUGAGUACCGCGUCGCCUAGCGGGACAUCCUCCACAUACUCGGUAUCUCCUCUCAGUACAGUGCCCAGCAGCCCCUCGACGUCGUCUUUCGGCACCAGCAGCACCGAUACUGCUAGCGCAAGCUCUUUUCUCGCUUCGACAUCUGAAAGUUCUUCUUUCAACAACUCAGCGCCAUCAACGUCAAUAGUUUCUACAUCUAUAUUCAGUACGGUAGAAACAACACCAUCAGGAACGAGCUCUCUAAGUUUCGGGACUUCAACUUGA